UCCCUUAGCUCCUCCCCCUGCCCAGGUGCAGAAUAAAAGGCCUCAGCUGGCUCAAUUCAGCCUCUUGCUGGUCCCUGGUGGCUCAUACAACUACUCAGGAGACAUCGGCAAUUCUGUUUCUGCACCGCAAGCUUCGCACUCGCCUUGACCUGCUAAAACUGAGUGUGGCAGCAGAGGUGGAUUAGGCACAUGGUGCCCAGUUCACCCACAGGGCACUAAGUCCAGGACCUUCAGCAUCUGCGAUCCAGGGAGAGAAAAAUUUGACAGCUGGAACUGUUACAUCACAGGCUGGCACAGUGUCCUACCAGGUCAGUGUGGGAUCAACACACCAGUGGAAUCGGCAUUCUGACCAGAUGAUGGUAGUCAUGUUAACAUUGUCCAAGCUGCAGCUGACGUGCAACCGACACCCAGCAUGGACAGUCUGCCUGUUCCGCCUGACACUGGUGGAAAGCCAGAGACAUCCAACCAUGUCAGUGAGUGGGUCACUACAUCCACAGUCUCUAGGUAACCUGGGAUGUCAAAGCUUCCACCAGAGGACCCUGUCAGCUUCUUCGUCAGCCACUGCCAGGAUCACCUGCUUUAUUGCAGCUCCCCUCGUCCUCUUACUUGGAGUCCCGCCGAUUAUGAUUGGAGCUGUCGCAGCAUCAACAGGUAAAUUGAAAUCCAGUCCCACUGGUGAUAAAUACAACGUGGAAGACACAGGCAGUCACACGAUGAGCCUGAACGUCCCAGGAGUGGUGGUGAUGGUGUUCUUCUACCUGCUGGUGCUGGGGACCGGCAUCUGGGCCUCCGUGAAGUCCAAGCGGGUGAAGACGAGCAGCCAGGCAGACCAGACAGAGGUCAGUCUGCUGGGCAACAGAGGGAUCAGCCUUGCCGUGGGAGUCUUCACCAUGACAGCUACAUUUGUUGGAGGGGGCUUCAUCGUUGGUCUGGCGGAGGCGGUGUACACUCCAACCAUGGGACUGACCUGGGCUUUCGCUCCAUUGACACCUGCUACUACUUUCAUUGUUGGUGGGCUCUUCUUCGCCAAGACAAUGAGAGACAGAAAAUAUGUGACGAUGAUGGACCCCUUCCAGAUCAAGUAUGGAAAUCUGAUAAGUGGAGUUCUGUCUGUGGCGCUGUUGAUAUCUGACAUAAUCUGGGUUACAGGAACUCUUAUUGGUUUAGGUGCAACUAUGAGUGUGAUCCUGGAUCUGCCCUACACUCUUUGUAUUUGGAUCUCUGCUGCUGUAGCCAUCGUCUACACGCUGAUGGGAGGCCUCUACUCUGUGGCCUACACAGACAUCAUACAGCUGACCCUUAUAUUCGUUAGUUUGUGGUUAUGUGUCCCCUUCAUCCUGACGAACCCCCAUUCAGCUGACAUCACCAAGACUGCUUUCAACUUCACCUACCAGGCCCCCUGGAUCGGAUCAAUAGAUGGAGACACAGCGUGGAGGUGGAUUGAUGAUUUCUUGUUAUUGUCUCUAGGUAGCCUGGGAUAUCAAAGCUUCCACCAGAGGACCCUGUCAGCUUCUUCGUCAGCCACUGCCAGGAUCACCUGCUUUAUUGCAGCUCCCCUCGUCCUCAUACUAGGAGUCCCGCCGAUUAUGAUUGGAGCCAUGGCAGCAUCAACAGAUUGGAACAUGACCACGUAUGGAUCCCCGUCCCCGUACGAGCGAGGUGAAGCCAGUCAGAUUCUGCCCAUUGCUCUGCAGUAUCUCACGCCAAGCUACAUCUCCAUCAUCGGUAUCGGAGCAAUAGCUGCUGCGGUGAUGUCAUCUACGGACUCUGCUUUAUUGUCCUCCGCCUCCAUCUUCACAUCCAACAUCUAUAAGAACAUCCUGAGGACCAAGGCAUCAGAUCGAGAGCUCCAGUGGGUGAUCCGAGUCACCGUGGUGUUGGUGGGCUUGGCUGGCACAUCACUCACCUUCUUACAGAACAGCGUCAUGGUUUUCUGGAUCCUGGGCUCAGACAUAACCUACACCAUCAUGUUCCCUCAACUCGUCUGCGUCCUCUUCUGUAACGUCUCCAAUGGCUACGGCUCCAUCAUGGGCUUGUUGGUUGGAGUGCUGAUGAGAGUGCUGAGUGGAGAGCCAUUGAUAGGGUUGCCAGUCAUGCUCCACUUCCCAGGAUGCACUCUUGAGGAUGGCGUUUAUAUCCAGCACUCUCCUGUAAGGACAAUCUGCAUGUUGUCCACUAUCUUUGUCACUCUGUUGUUGUCCUAUCUGGCUUCACUGCUUUUCAAUAAAGGAGUGAUUCCUGAGAGGUGGGAUGUAUUUAAAGUGAAAACCCAAAAACCAAUAACCCUUCAAGUUUUAGGGAACCAUGGGACCGCCGAAAGAGAUGAAAAGGAGAAAGCCAAAGUUCAAAAUGAGAUGGAAUUAAUGUUGGCGACAAAUCUGCAGGACUGACAAAGAAAUGGUUUAUGGGACAUCUUUUGGAGCUAUAUUACCAUGUCUCUGUAAUUAUAUCAAUUAUUUUGAUCUAGGCCACAAGAAGUCAUCACUUUGCUACUUCUACUGUGCUUUGGUGUAAUGUUUUAGUUCUGUUUAACUGGGGAUCAGUAAACCAGGCUUCUUGACUUAUGUUACUGGUUCAUGACAUGAAUGUUAUUUUAUGUUUAAUUAUCAAACAACCAAUAAAAGCUGGAAGGUACAUUAAUGAACAUGUGAAACUGUCUAUAAAUGACAUUGAUGCUCUGCAUUAUGCAUUUAGUUCUUAGGUUUGCUGUAUUACUUCAUAUUGAACCAUUCAUGUCUAUGUCUGAUUUGGUGGUGUAUACAAUAUUAAAAGUUAAUCAUGUCUGAUCUAUCAUAACGUUUUCAAGAAGAUUUUGAUGUGCACAUCACCCAUGGAGUUUUCUAGAUUCUUGAGAUCAAAAAGUAGCCUUAAUUACCAAAUGGACUUGCACUUCUAAAGCGCUUAACAGACCACUCAAAGCACUUUU